GCGCCGAAGAGCAGCCGCAGGCUCCCGUGCGGCGCGUCCCACUCCGGAAGCCGGGUCCGCGGCGCGCAGGGGUCGGGGCGGCGGCCCGGGCCCGGGGGCCCCCGCCGGCCGCGGCCCUGGUGGGCAGCGCCGUGUGGCGCGUGGAGCGCGCGGGGGCCGGAGGCUGGCGCUGGGAGCGCGCCGUCGGCGUGGAUUGCAGCGCCCCGGAGCCGCGCUGCCUAUGGCUGCCCUGCCUCAGCCACAGCGACCGUCGCGGGCCCGGGCCGCGUCCGUCCAGGCUGCCACUGGGCCCAAGAGAUGGGUGCUCUCCUGGGCGCCCCCUCCCCUGGCAGGGCCCGCGCACGCUGCUGCUGCACAAAAGUCUCCAGGAUGGCUUUGGCUUCACCCUGCGCCACUUCAUCGUGUACCCACCCGAGUCAGCCGUGCACUGCAGCCUGAAGGAGGAAGAGAAUGGAGGCCGAGGAGGAGGACCCUCCCCCCGGCACCGCCUGGAGCCCAUGGAUACCAUCUUCGUCAAGAAUGUGAAGGAUGAUGGCCCCGCCCACAGGGCGGGGCUCCGCACAGGAGACCGGCUGGUGAAGGUGAAUGGGGAGAGUGUCAUUGGGAAGACCUACUCCCAGGUCAUAGCUCUGAUCCAGAACAGCGAUGACACGCUGGAACUUUCCAUCAUGCCCAAGGAUGAGGACAUCCUCCAGCUGGCCUACUCCCAGGACGCCUACCUGAAGGGGAACGAGCCCUACUCCGGAGAGGCUCACAGCAUCCCAGAGCCGCCUCCCCUCUGCUACCCCCGCAAGACCUACGCCCCGCCGGCCCGGGUCUCUGCCUGGGCCACUAUGGUGCCCGUGCCCCAAUCAGCACUGCCCAGUAACCCGCGGAGUCCUGCUGCCUGGAGCGACCCAGGGCCCUGCGUCCCGCCUGCCGCCCGUGCCCACCCAGACACCCCUUCUUUGGGGAUGAGCCAGCCCCGCCCCAGUCCUGGUGCCUUCCCCCGCCUCCCCUCGGAGCCCCGGAUGCCCCGUGCCUUCCCUGAGCCUGGCAGCCGGGUGCCCCCCAGCAGACUGGAGUGCCAGCAGGCCUUGUCACACUGGCUGUCGAACCAGGUGCCCCGCAGGGCGGGGGAGCGACGGUGCCCCACCAUGCCUCCCCGGGCCCGCAGCGCCUCCCAGGACCGGCUGGAGGACGCGACUGCCCACCGCCCGUGGCCCUGCUCCACCUCCCAGGACACCUUGAGCCAGCUGGGCCAGGAGGGCUGGCACCGAGCCCGCUCGGACGACUACCUGAGCCGGGCUGCCCGCUCGGCCGAGGCGCUGGAGCCGGGGGCGCUGGUGUCACCCCGCUUCGAGCGCUGUGGCUGGGCUCCCCAGCGUCCGUCUGCCCGCACGUCUGCCUGUCCACUGCGGGACCUGCCGGCACCCCAGGCCCCACCCGCACCCGGCCUGCAGGGCCUGGACGACAUCGGGUACAUCGGGUACCGGAGCUACAGCCCCUCGUUCCAGCGCCGGACUGGCCUCCUGCAUGCACUCUCCUUCCGGGACUCACCCUUUGGGGGGCUGCCCACCUUCAGCUUGGCCCAGUCCCCUGCACAGUUCCCGCCAGAGGCCUCCGAGCCACCCAGGGUUGUCCGGCCAGAGCCCAGCACCCGGGAGCCUCCUGCUGAGGAUCACCGUGACGAGGUGGUCCUGAGGCAGAAGCCGCCGACGGGCCGCAAGGCCCAGCUGCCCCCUGCAAGGCAGAUGAACCUUGGGUUUGGUGAUGAGCACCCAGAAUCAGAGGCCAGUGGGCGUGGGGAGCGCCUGGGCAGGAAGGUGGCCCCUUUGGCUGCUGCCGAGGAUUCUCUGGCCUCCAUCCCCUUCAUCGAUGAGCCCACCAGCCCCAGCAUUGACCUCCAAGCCAAGCACGUCCCCGCCUCUGCGGUGGUCUCCAGCGCCAUGAACUCGGCCCCCGUCCUGGGCACCAGCCCGUCCUCCCCGACCUUCACCUUUGCCGUCGGCCGCCACUACUCCCAGGACUGCAGCAGCAUCAAGGCCGGCCGCCGCUCCUCCUACCUGCUGGCCAUCACCACGGAGCGCUCCAAGUCCUGCGAUGACGGACUCAACACCUUCCGGGAUGAGGGCAGGGCUCUGCGGCGCCUGCCAAACCGAGUGCCCAGCCUGCGGAUGCUUCGAAGCUUCUUCACCGAUGGGUCCUUGGAUAGCUGGGGCACCUCCGAAGAUGCUGAUGCCCCUUCUAAGCGACACUCGACCUCUGACCUGUCAGACACGACCUUCAGUGAUGUCAGGAGAGAAGGCUGGUUGUAUUAUAAGCAGAUCCUCACCAAGAAGGGGAAGAAAGCGGGCAGCGGCCUGCGCCAGUGGAAGCGGGUGUACGCCGCGCUGCGGGCGCGCUCGCUCUCGCUGAGCAAGGAGCGGCGGGAGCCCGGGCCGGCGGCGGCGGGGGCUGCGGCGGCCGUCGCAGGUGAGGACGAGUCGGCGCCCGUCUGCAUCGGCUCCUGCCUGGUGGACAUCUCCUACAGCGAGACCAAGAGGAGGCACGUGUUCCGGCUGACCACCGCUGACUUCUGUGAAUAUCUCUUUCAGGCUGAGGACCGGGAUGACAUGCUGGGCUGGAUCAGAGCGAUCCGGGAGAACAGCAGGGCCGAGGGCGAGGACCCCGGCUGUGCCAACCAAGCUCUGAUCAGCAAGAAGCUUAAUGAUUACCGCAAAGUGAGCCAUAGCUCUGGGCCCAAAGCUGAUUCCUCCCCUAAAGGCUCUCGCGGCCUGGGGGGGCUCAAGUCUGAGUUUCUCAAGCAAAGUACAGCCCGUGGCCUUAGGACUCAGGAUCCGCCUGCAGGGAGCAAGGAAGACAGUGCUGCCGCCCCCAAAGCCCCCUGGGGCAUCAACAUCAUCAAGAAGAACAAGAAGGUGGCACCGAGGGCAUUUGGGGUGCGACUGGAGGAGUGCCAGCCAGCCACGGAGAACCAGCGCGUGCCCCUGAUCGUGGCUGCGUGCUGCCGCAUCGUGGAGGCUCGGGGGCUGGAGUCCACGGGCAUUUACCGAGUGCCCGGCAACAAUGCCGUGGUGGCCAGCCUGCAGGAGCAGCUCAACCGCGGGCCUGGGGACAUUAAUCUGCAGGACGAGCGCUGGCAAGACCUCAAUGUCAUCAGCAGCCUGCUCAAGUCCUUCUUCCGGAAGCUGCCCGAGCCUCUCUUCACUGAUGACAAAUACAACGACUUCAUCGAGGCCAAUCGCAUUGAAGACUCGAGGGAGCGGAUGAAGACACUGCGGAAGUUGAUUCGGGAUCUCCCAGGACACUACUAUGAAACCCUCAAAUUCCUCGUGGGCCAUCUCAAGACCAUUGCUGACCACUCAGAAAAAAACAAGAUGGAGCCCCGGAACCUGGCCCUGGUCUUUGGGCCGACGCUGGUGAGGACGUCCGAGGACAACAUGACAGACAUGGUGACCCACAUGCCUGAUCGCUAUAAGAUCGUUGAGACGCUGAUCCAGCAUUCGGACUGGUUCUUCAGUGACAGCGAGGACAAGGGGGAGAGAACCCCUGUGGAUGACAAGGAGCCUCAGUCUGUGCCCAACAUUGAGUACCUCCUGCCCAACAUUGGCAGAACGAUGCCUCUUGCUGACCCAGGUUCAGAUUCUACCACCUGUAGUUCAGCCAAGUCCAAGGGCUCGUGGACCCCCAAGAAGGAGCCAUACACCCGGGAGACGCUGGCGAUCUCCUUCAUCUCGGCGGUCAACCGCAAACGGAAGAAGCGGCGGGAGGCGCGGGGCCUGGGCAGCAGCACCGACGACGACUCAGAGCAAGAGGCGCACAAGCCCGGGGCGGGGGCACCGGCGCCGGGGACCCAGGACCGAUCCGAGGGAGAGCUGCAGGUCGCCGCCGUCCCCGAAGCCUCCGGGCGCCUGAGCCCCACGGCGGCGCCAGAGGAGCGGCCGGCCGCGGACACGCGCUCCAUCGUCUCGGGCUACUCCACCCUGUCCACCAUGGACCGCAGCGUGUGCUCGGGCACUGGAGGCCGGCGGGCGGGCGCGGGGGACGAGGCGGACGACGAGCGCAGCGAGCUGAGCCACGUGGAGACGGACACGGAGGGCGGCGCGGCGGGUGCGGGCCCCGGGGAGCGCCUGGUGCGCCGGCCCUCCUUCAGCUCGCACCACCUGAUGCCUUGCGAUACCCUGGCGCGGCGCCGCCUGUCCCGGAGCCGCCCGGACGGCGAGGGCUCCGGUCCCGGCACCGGUCGGGGGGCUCCCCGCGCCGCCGAGCUGCCGGGCUCGGCCUCAUCCAGCAGCCAGGAGUCGCUGCGCCCCCCGGUGCCCGCGGCGGCGGCGCUGGGCGCGCGGCCCUCGCGCAUCGAGACGCUACGGUUGCGCCUCCGCGGCACUGCAGAUGACAUGCUCGCCGUGCGGCUGCGGCGACCACUGUCGCCCGAGACGCGGCGGCGCCGGACCAGCUGGCGCCGCCACACGGUGGUGGUGCAGAGCCCACUGACCGACCUCAACUUCAACGAGUGGAAGGAGCUGGGCGGCGGAGGUCCCCCCGAGCCCGCGGACCCUCGGGCACUCAGUGACAACAAGGAUUCGGGCCUCAGCAGCCUGGAAUCCACCAAGGCGCGGGCCUCGUCCGCGGCCUCGCUGCUGCCGGCGCCGGGGGAGCCGGGAGCCCCGCAGAGCCAGCGCCGCUCGGCCACCUCCCGCCUCCACCAGUGUCUGUGACACCGCGACCCGCGCCCGUUGGGGCCCCGCUCCUCUCUAGAGCCCCUUGGGAUACAAGAGUCUCCUCUGGCUCUCACCCCUUCUUCCGUUGCUCCUGGGUGCUUCAGGGUGGGGAUGGGAGGGCGCCGGGGCUGUAGACCGCGUCUGUAGUUUGGGUGCUGGAAUUGGUAGGGGAGGGACAGAGGAGAAGGCCAGGGCCGAGUAGUGUGAACGGAGGGUGGGGGCGAGAUGCGGAGUCAGAGGGACAGGAGAGGGGAUGGCCCGGGUUUAGUGCUGAGAGAGUGUGCCCUCCUGGAUUUUUUUUUUUUUUUUUAAUGUCUGCGCUUAGGGACCCUUGUUGACCGGGGGUGUGGGUAAGGAACCCACAAGUUUCAGACUAAAGAAAAGACAACGGGCGAUACUGGUUGUUGGCUUCUUUCCUGUCCCUGCGGCGCCCGCGGUCCCGCUGCCCCGCCCCACCCGCCGACCCCCACUUCCGCCUUUGGCUCCUGGCCCCAAGUUAAGGGAGGGAGGUUGUGUGUGUAGGUAUGUCUGGGGAGAGGCCCAUGGGGUGGGGGUGGGGGUGGGCUUGUAUGUGCGAGUGUGUGUAGUCACUGUCAAAGGUGUUCCCAGUAGCAGCUUCUGCCGCCCCUGCCCCUUCAUGCCCCACCCCCACUCCCUGCCUUGGUGCACACAGGGAUCCUGUCGCCUGCUGCUUGUCAGGUAGAGCCAGGGAAGGAGGUUGGGGCCACUCCAUGGAGGCACGACUGAGACCCCCACCAAGUUAUUUUCCCAUCCUCUUGCCAACCCCUAAAUCAUUUCCCUAAGGGCUUUGACUAUGGGGAGCUGCCGCUUCCCUAGACAGAUUUGGGAGGGUCCAGGAGCCCCGCUGCUGGUACCGCCCUUGCCCUUCUUUUGUUCUCCCAGUGGUGCCUGCUGUGCUUCCACAGCUCAAGCACACAGACCCCCAUCCCCUUCCCCUUAGGAGGGGGAGACAAAAACACCCUUGGUGUCACUGACUCUCUGUCUCUCUCUCACACACACACAUACAUACACGUGUGCGCGCACACACACUGAUAUAUGGGGUCUGAGCUGUGCUGUUCCUCGAGCAUGGGCGGGACCCCCCAGCCCCCUCACCUCCCACCCACUGUAAAUAGACCUCAGGUCACCAGGCUGUCCCUCCACACCCUCACUCAUUCCAGGGAAGCCCAGGUGGGUUGUGGCGCUCACAGCACGUCUCUCAGUUCUCUUGUUUUAUGCAAAGAUUUGCUGUAAAGUAGAUUUCUCCCUCCCCUUCCCCCAUCUUUUUUUUUUUGUAAAUACUGUCUCUAAAUGUGUAACAUAUUAUAAAGAAUUUAUAAGAAUUUUUAAAGAUGUUUUGCUCAUUUGAAAAAGUGCUGUAACAGUGUUGGAUAAAGUCCUCCCACCCCAUGUCUGCAUGUUUCCUUUCACUGUGUCCUUGACACACCUCUCUAGGCGACAACUAAGAUUUCCUGCUUCUGAAAAGUCCUGUCUUAAAAGUACAGUCUUUACCUUGGAAAUAAAUGGCCUUCCUCGA